AUGGCUGGUAAAGACUGGGUAAAAGGAUUCCGAAAGCGCCAUCCAGAGAUAACACUUAGAUCUCCAGAAGCUACAUCAUCUGCUAGAGCUCAGGCGUUUAACCGUCCAAAUGUAAUGAAAUUUUUUACUAUUUUACAAAAUGUACAGCAAAAAAACAGCUUCUUACCACAUAGAGUUUUUAAUGUUGAUGAGACUGGACUAACCACAGUACAAUCAAAAUGUUCCAAAAUUUUGGCAUUAAAAGGAAGAAGACAAGUAGGUUCUCUAACUUCAGCAGAGAGAGGUGUCUUGUCAACAAUUGUAGUCUGUAUGUCAGCUGGUGGAAAUUUUAUACCUCCCAUGAUAAUUUUUCCUAGGGUGAGAAUGAAAGCUGAACUACAGGAUGGUGCUCCUCCAGGAACUAUUUUUCAUUGUCACCCAUCUGGAUGGAUGCAAUUAGACAUUUUUACAGAAUGGUUUCAACAUUUUAUUAAUCAUGCUAAACCAACAGCAGAAGAUCCAGUUCUGCUUAUACUAGAUGGCCAUAUGACUCACACAAGGAAUUUAAAGUUUAUUGAUUUGGCAAGGAAAAAUCAUACCACUGUUGUAUGCUUACCACCACAUUGUAGCCACAAGUUGCAGCCAUUGGACGUUUCUUUUAUGGGACCACUAAAUACCUUCUAUGUUCAGGCAAUUGAGAAGUUCCUACGAAAUAACCCAGGAAGAGUUGUAUCUCAAUUUCAAGUGAGCAAACUUUUCGGUGAAGCAUACAUUAAAGCUGCAACUCAGAUGACUGCCAUAAAUGGUUUCAGAAAAUGUGGAAUUGUACCAUUAGAUCCAAAUAUAUUUGACGAUUCUGAUUUUAUUGCAGCUCAAACUACAGAAAUUGCUUUAAUAGAUCCACCAAUAGCUGAAAUUGCUGCAAUAGAUCCACCAAUAACUGAAAUUUCUAUAAGUGAGAAUAAAACAAGUAACAAUCAAGAAGAAACCCAACCUUGCUCAUCGUUUACUUUUAGUCCAGUACAUGUCACUCCUAUACCUAAAGCAAGUAUUAAAGCACGGUCAACGAACAGAAAAAAAGGUACAGCUGCUAUUUUAACAUCUAGUCCAUACAAAGCAGAGCUAGAAGCUUCCAAAGCAAUAACACCACCAAAAAAACGCUUAUUUAAUAAAAAAAAACCAUUAUGCAAACGACAAAAAAAGUCUAAAAACACUGCUACUAAUGAUGAAGAUAGUGAUGCUGAAUGUCCAUAUUGUGGUGGAACAUUUUCUCAAUCCAAAUCAAAUGAAGGCUGGGUAAGAUGUUCAAAAUGUAUGAAAUGGUGUCAUGACGGUUGUGCUGGGUGUGAAGGAGACAGCUUCAUUUGUGAUUUUUGUAAGACACUAUCAAAACUUUAUUAA